AUGGACGUGCACUAUGAAGAAAGAAAUGGGCGUCCAUCUUUGGUUACAGAAGAACUGGUUCACGCGAUUGUUGACAAGAUCCAUGAAAACCGAAGGUUUACAGUUAGUGCUCUCGCUAUGGAAUUUCCCCAAAUUUCACGAUCACUAAUGCAUGAAAUUGUUACCGAAAAACUGAAAUUUCGUAAACUUUGCUCACGUUGGGUACAAAAGUUUCUUACUGAGAAACACAAAACAAAACGGAUGGGUAGUGCACUUCAGUUUUUGACCCGUUAUGCUGAAAGCGGCGAAGAAUUUCUGACACAGAUAGUCACAGGAGAUGAAACUUGGGUUUCUUACGACACCCCUGAAAGUAAUCAAUGGAAUUGA